GGCGCGGCCGAGGCCAUGGCGGAGCCGGGGGUGGAGGUGGAGGGGGCCGCGCUGGUGCCGGCAGGGCGGGAGGCGGCGGCGUUGGUGGUGGUGGCUGCCGCGAGGCGCAAGAAGAAGAUUCUGGACGAGGAGGCCUACAUCGAGGGCCUGGAGAACAUCAUCCAGCGCGACUUCUUCCCCGACGUGGCGCGGCUGCGGGCGCAGCGCGAGUACCUGGAGGCGGAGGAGAGCGGCGACCUGGAGAAGAUGCGGCAGAUCGCCAUCAAGUUUGGCUCCGCGCUGGGCCGCUCGGGCAGGGACGCUGCCGCCCCCUAUGUUACUCCAGCCACAUUUGAAACACCUGAGGUGCAUCCAGGUACUGCCCCUUCCUUGUUGAACAAGCCCAAGGUUGGGAUCAAAGCUGCAGAGGAAGGAGAUGCAGAGAAGGAAGAAGGUAAGGACGUUCUUCCUAGCCUGGACAGCUUCCUAGCAAAACACACCAGUGAGGAUAAUGCCUCGUUUGAGCAGAUCAUGGAAGUGGCCAAAGAGAAGGAGAAGGCCAAGCAUGCUUGGUUAUACAAAGCCGAAGAGGAGUUUGCCCAGCGGCGACAAGAGAAUCUGGCGCUGCCCUCAGCAGAACAGCAGGCCCUCGAAAGCAGCAAGGCUGGACUGGAGACAUGGGAGUACAAGGCUCGCAAUUCCCUCAUGUAUUACCCAGCAGGUGUGCCAGAUGAGGAGGACGUAUUCAAGAAGCCUCGGGAAGUUGUCCACAGAAACACCCGCUUUCUAAGGGACCCAUUCAGCCAGGCCCUGAGUAAAUCGCAGCUCCAGCAAGCAGCUGCUCUCAAUGCCCAGUACAAACAAGGCAAAGUGGGGCCAGAUGGGAAGGAGCUGAUACCUCAGGAGUCUCCAAAAGUGAAUGGCUAUGGGUUUGUGGCCACCCCCUCUCCUGUUCCUGGUGUGAACGAGUCUCCUCUUAUGACGUGGGGAGAGAUAGAGAGCACCCCACUGCGGUUGGAUGGGUCGGAAUCACCGUAUGUGGACAGAACCCCUGGACCAGCCUUCAAGAUCUUGGAGCCUGGGCGCAGGGAGAGGUUGGGACUCAAGAUGGCCAAUGAGGUGGCUGCUAAGAACCGAGCAAAGAAGCAGGAAGCAUUAAGAAAAGUCACAGAAAACUUGGCCAGUCUCACACCUAAAGGACUGAGCCCGGCUAUGUCACCUGCUUUGCAACGACUAGUAAACCGGACUGCGAGCAAAUACACUGACAAAGCGCUGCGAGCCAGCUACACCCCUUCCCCAGCCCACACGGGACCCCCUGGCUUUAAGACCCCAGCAGGUGGCACGAACACGCCCACUGGCACCCCAACACCCAAGACUGUCUCUCAGACUCCAGUUACCCAGGACCCCACCUCCAUCACAGACAACCUGCUCCACUUGCCUAAACGGCGGAAGGCAUCCGAUUUCUUCUGAGUCUCACCUUCCCCAGCAGCCUGCUGCGAACUGGGAAAUACAAGGCUGUCCGUGAACCCUGAGCAACAUGUGUCACCAGGAACAAAGGGUACCUGCCAGGAUGCAAUUCACUAGUUGCUGGACGUGGGACCACUUCCACCGUUGGGGGUGGCAUAGCUCCUGCAGAAAGUGCACCAUUACUGGGACAGAAGCAAAGGUGCCUCUUGGGGAGUGGAGUAUUUUUCCACUGUGCAAUAUUUUCUUGGCAGUACCUGGAUGUGUUGCACAUUCCCUAUGGGACAGGAUCCCUUCCAGAAAUGGAUUGUGGCCAAUAGCCAGGACUGUGGAGGAUGUUUUAAAAUUUAUUUUCUUGUUUUGUUUUUUAAAGUGUCCCUGUGGAUUGUAUCUGAAUGCCUCUUUCUGUACAGAUGUAUCUAUUUAUAAAGUGUAGUGAGGCUUCCUAUAA